GGCAUUCUAAACUUUCAUCUCACAUCUAGAUUCCAAACCACCUGCACGAUUCCUGCACAAUGAGUUUGCUACAAGGCGUGCUUAAAUCGCAAUCUCAAACGUAUGAUUUGAAUGGACUCUAUCCAUCUUCCAGACAAUCUCAGCCUGAGGAUGACUCAGAUGAUGAGCUCGUUGGCGUGUUCUCACUACCAGGGACACCAGCAAGGUCAAGGGGACCAUCGCGCCCCUCAUCGCGCCCUGUAUCACCCACACGAUGGGGUCUUACUCGUUCUGCGAGUGCACUGCCAUCGAAGGGUCUCUCGAGCGACCCCCUAAAGGCAUUUCCAACUCAAGUAUCGCAAAAUAUUUUCCAAUGGCUUGGGAUAUCUGAGCUCGCAAAUUGCGCUAGGGUAUCAAGAAAGUGGAACAAGAGUCAGACACUGAACUACAGUAAUUCAUAUAUACAUCAUCUAGCUUGCUGUAUGCUAACGAUCUGCACUGUGUUGCAAGUUUGGUUUCAGCAUUAUAGGAAGGAAAAUUUCCAUGAUGAAACUCUUCCUCCUGGAAAGUGGACUAGAAGAGAGUCGAAGCAAAAUUGGGUGGAUAGUUUGUCUUCCUGUAUCUGGCUGCAUGACUUGAUGAUUUGUUCUCAGCGGAUAACCUACAUUAAAUUUGUGUCGAAUCGCUCGCCUCCAUCAUCCCCGUUGCCUUCGAGAGGCUCAGGCCGCACUUCACCGUCACAAUCAGGCUAUCAAACGCCAAAAGAACUUAGAGAGGAGCAAUGGCGACAAAAGGAGCUUACUCAAAGUCGGCCAGGCAAAUUGGAGAUGAGGGAAAUGUACAAGGAGCUAGGCGGCCGCAAGAGCCGGACCAAGGGAAAGCUGGGAAGUUCUGGGGGUCAUAGAGAUCGGACGGGUUGGGGAGAAGGAGACGACGACUAACUUGAAAGACAAUAUAUGUACAUAUAAAUUUAUUGCUUACUUGGAGAUUAUCGAAAAGUGGUGGUGUACGAUGCAUCUAUGCGAUAUCACAUUCACUGCAGAAAUACAUUGCAAAUUACAUUU